AUGAUCAAAGUCGAUCCAAAUUUAGAUUAUAAGAACGAUCACCAAUUGGUGAGCUAUAAUGAUUUUGUUGGCUCAAGUAGUUCAGAAUUGAAGGAAUUUCCAACUCUUUUGAAAUCCAUUGAUUCAAAUAGCCUGAAAUUAGUUGUAAAUGAUGAUUCAGUUUUCAUGGAUGAUCUAGGUCUAAGUCCAGAUUCUUACUGCUGUUUUUCUCUUCUCAAUAAUAAUGAAUAUACAUAUGUUCAAGACUAUUCUACGAAUAAACUAUGGAAAAAUAAAAAUAUAUCUAAUAACCCAGACUUCAUCGACCUACCCGAAAUGGGAAUAGCUUUCCCACUCAACGUAAACGAAAAAGACUCAUUGAACUGCAAAAGGGCCAAAAUACAAAAUAUGCUGUUGGGUAACCAACCUUAUUUGAGAAACCUGUAUUGUUCUGCUUCAUCGUACAAGAAACAGGAAACUUUCCAGCAGUCGAUCCUCAAGCUUGAUUUGAGGUUGGGUUCGAUAAGAAAGAAGGAUUCUUACACUUCAUUGGUAUCUAAAUUCCCUAAUGGACCAACUAAAUUACUGAAAGGUUUGCAUUGCAAUCAUUGUCAAGAACUUUUUCAUGAAACCAUCGAUUUUGCAAACCACUUGGAUUACUAUGGCUUAUACACCUGUCACUUUUGUCCAGACCCCAAUUGUUUGUUUUCGAGACUAGGGUUCCUUAAAAAAAUUGAUUUAAAAAUCCAUAUCUCGAAUUAUCAUUUAUCGCUAUAUAAUAGCUGCAAAAAUUCACUCGAGAAAAUAACAUUCAAAAACAAUAACUUUCACCCAAAAAUUUUCGACGAGUUAAUCAAUAAGUUAUACGUUUGUAAUCAUUCACAAUGUGGGAGAAUCUUUUAUAGGAGAGAUUCUUUAACGAGGCACAUAAGAGCGCUUCAUAAAGAACAAAAUCACCUUCUCGGGUAA